AUGGCCGACAAGAUGUCCACGUACUCGCCGCUGUCGGCCAAGGUCACGGCGGUCGAGACAAUGGACCCGAAAGAAGCGAAAUGGCUCACAUUGAAGAAGAUAACCUACCAAGACCCUGCGGGCAAGGAGAGGACCUGGGAGUCGGCCGAGCGACAGACACGGCCGAAAGGCACCGACGUCGACGGUGUAGGCGUCAUCGCCGUCCUGAACGACCCCAAAUCCUCCAAGGGCCCGGCCCUCCUUCUGCAGAAACAGUUCCGGCCGCCGCUCAACAAGGUCACGAUCGAAGCGCCGUCCGGGCUCAUCGAUGAGGGCGAGGACCCUGCGACAGCGGCCAUACGCGAACUCAAAGAAGAGACGGGCUACGUCGCUACGUUACCCAAGGAUGCCAGUGCAGCAGAAGGAUUCUUGAUGUGGAACGAUCCCGGGAUGUGCAACACGAAUACAAAGAUGAUCUUUGUCGAGGUGGACAUGUCGGAUCCGAGGAACCAGGAGGGCAAUCUCAAGCCCGAGCUGGAGGAGAACGAAUAUAUUGAGUGUUUCACUGUCCCGUUGGAUAAUCUGUGGAACGAGUUGUCGGAGCUCGAUAGACAGGGGUUUGCGGUCGAUGCUCGAGUCGGCACACUGGCGCAAGGGAUGGAAAUGGCGAAGAAGUGGAAAGACGCGUUGAACAAGGAGCCGUCAUGA